AUGUUAAGAAGAAACAUUAAAAGUACUAGAAGCUUUUCUAUAACUGCUUCCUUAGGUAAAUGGACUGAAAUCCCAUUAGCCCCACCAGAUAAAAUUUUAGGUAUUUCUGAAGCCUAUAACAAAGAUUCAAACAAUAAAAAAAUCAACUUGGGUGUUGGAGCUUACAGAGAUAAUUUUGGUAAACCAAUUAUUUUCCCAAGUGUUAAGAAAGCUGAAGUUUUAUUAUUAGAAAAAGAGACUGAAAAGGAAUAUACUCCAAUCAUUGGAUCAAAGAAUUUCCAAAAUUUAGUUAAAAAUUUCAUCUUCAACAACUCAGGUAAAGAUCCAAAUGGUGAAAAAUUAAUCAAUGAAGGUAGAAUUGUCACUUCUCAAACUAUCAGUGGUACCGGUUCAUUAAGAGUCAUUGCUGAUUUCUUCAACAGAUUCUAUUCAUCCAAAAAAAUCAUUGUUCCAAAACCAACUUGGGCUAAUCAUAUUGCUGUUUUAAAAGAUGCUGGUUUAGAACCAAGUUUCUAUGAAUAUUACAAUACUUCAAUCAAUGGUUUAGAUUACGAAAAAUUAAUCGAAUCAAUUAAAAGUGUUGAUAACGAAACCAUCAUCUUAUUACAUGCCUGUUGUCAUAACCCAACUGGUAUGGAUUUAACUAACGAACAAUGGGAUGAAGUUUUAAACAUCAUCAUUGAAAAGAACUUAUAUCCAAUGGUCGAUAUGGCUUAUCAAGGUUUCUCUUCAGGUGAUCCAUACAAAGAUAUCGAAGUUAUCAGAAAAUUAAACAAAUUAGUUGUUGAUGGUAAAAUCAAAUCAUACUCAUUGUGUCAAUCAUUUGCUAAAAAUAUGGGAUUAUAUGGUGAAAGAACUGGUUCUAUUUCAAUUAUCACUGAAAGUGCUGAACAAUCUCAAUCAAUUGAAUCACAAUUGAAAAAAUUGAUUAGACCAAUGUAUUCAUCACCUCCAAUUCAUGGUUCAAAGAUUGUUGAAACUAUUUUCUCCAAUGAAGAAUUAUUAAACCAAUGGUUAACUGAAUUAAAUGAAGUUGUUGGUAGAUUAAACACCGUCAGAACCAAAUUAUUUGAAAAAUUAGAUGGUUCAAUCUAUAACUGGGAUCAUUUAAACAAACAAAGAGGUAUGUUCAUUUACACUGGUUUAUCUCAAGAACAAGUUAUUAAAUUAAGAAACGAAUAUUCAGUUUAUGCUACUGAAGAUGGUAGAUUUUCCAUCUCUGGUGUUAAUGAUGAUAAUGUUGAUUACUUAGCUGAUGCCAUGAACAAAGUUAUUAAAGAAUCUAAAUAG